AUGUCUCAAGAGGCCUCUGCAGAGGCCUCGGGCACAGUGGACACUGUCUUCAGCCCCUCACACUGCUUUUUGCCCUGCGUGGAGGACGAGGGCCAAGGCGGCUUCCUGUCGUGGCUGGUCCCCGAGCUGCCAGAGGCUGGCUGGGAGACUGGAGUCUGCGCAGGCAGCAGAAGCCAGGAUGUAGACGAGGAGGCCCACCCGGGUACCUGCCCCCAGCCUGGGGGUGCUGCUGCCCUCAGCCCAGACACCGAGGCCCACUUGGUGCAAGCCCCAGGGCCGGGCCAGGAGCAGGAGCCCAGCCCCAAGGCCACCUCCCUCUUUGGAUCCUUGGGAGGCCCCCGGGGGCCGCUCUCUCCCGGGAGCACUGGGCUUGGCCCGGGAGAAUUGGGUGGAAAUUGGAUGGAUCAGAUGGGGGCAAGCCCCGAGGAGAAGCUGCUGGAGGGCCUCCUCAGAGCCCUGUCCUCUGCCUGGAUGGGCCAGGAAAGGCUACCAUGGAGCAUCGAGAGUCUGGGCACAGGGUCCCAGAUGGUGCUGCUGAAGGCUGAGGAAAUGAAAAUGCCCUGUGGGGCGAAGCGAGUGUGCUAUAUGGCUGCAGGGCCGGUGAUCUUCCUCCUGGGCUCCCUUGGCCAGGCCAAGGCAGAGUGGCCGCAGCCUCUGCAGCUGGAGCCUCUGGAGAACAUGAUGGAGGUCAGCGCAGCCUCUCCUGCCAGGAGGCCCAGGAGAAAGAGGAGGUGCAAGGCCCUGUGCCCCACUGCCCGCCAGAGGCACCCCCAGGAGGCUGAAGAGACGUCUGCUGAGCAGGACAGGGGUGAGGAUGCAGGACAGCCCUCCCCAGAAGCUGCCGUGCGGGACACUGUGGUCCGUGCUAUGCAGAAGGUGCUCUGGAGCCGCCUUCAGGAGCUCCCGGACCUGGCGCUGAGCAGGGAGGCCGUGGAGGGCAUCGCCGUGGGCAUUGAAGCUGCCCUCUUCGGCCUGACACAGGCCACCAAUGGCCACUACAAGAACAAGUACCGCAGUCUGCUGUUCAACCUGCAGGACCCCCGGAAUCCCGAGCUGUUUCUCAAAGUGCUUCGCGGGUCUGUACCCCCGCACGGCCUGGUGCGCAUGAGCUCCAUUCAACUGGCGCCCCAGGACCUGGCCCGCUGGCGGGACCAGGAGGAGAAAAGGGGCCUGGAACUCCUUGAGCAGCUACAGAAGGAGCCACACCACCUCCCGGCCUUCAAAGUGACCCACAAGGGGGAGGUGGAGAUCCUGCGGGAUACGGACCAGACCCUGACGCUCGAGGACCUGGUGGGCCCCGUGAUGCCCCCCGUGCUGGAGGACCCCACCGAGCAGCACAAGCCCCACGCCCCGGACCCCAGCAGCCACAUCGGCACGGGCCCGGACCCCACGUGUGAGCUGCAGGAAUCUCUCAAAGCCACCGGCAAGGUGGAGGACAACAACUUCCAGAACAUUUUGAGCCCAGCCCCCGUGUGCUCUCCAGAGAUGCCCCAAAGUGAGCUGAAGCCUCCCGUGGAACCCCAGGACAGGCCACAGAUAUCCGCUGGGCCUCCCAAGGCCGCCCCCAGCCAGCCGCCUUGGGAGGGGUCUGUGGACAUGUUCUCCAUCAAGCGGUUCCGGGCCAAGGCUCAGCUGGUGUCAGGACACAGUUGCCGACUCAUCAUGGCCCUGCCAGAGGUGAUCCGCUCAGCAGGCUGCAUCUCCUCCAGCACCGUCUGGGACCUUUUGGCCAGCAUCUGCCCAGCUGACGCCAAGGACGUGUGCGUGGUCAGGCUGUGCCCACAGGGCUCCCGGGACGUGCAGAACUGCCGCCUCCUCUACUCCUACCUCAACAACAAGCAGCGCCACGGCCUGGGCGCCGUGGAAGACAUGAGGCUGGUGCUGCUGCCCCUGCCUGCCUUCCAGCCACUGCCGGCCAGAUUCCGCCCUCUCGGAGGCCCAGGCCUGGAUGUCACUCACUCCAGCCUGUUGCUGGCUGUGCUGCUCCCCAAGGCAAAGCUUCCAGACACCGCAGAGUCAAGCCUCUUGAAGGGGAAGGUGCGCAAGACAGUCUCCUUCAGCAAACGAGUGGAGCUGAGAUGCUACCAGCCAGAGACCAGGAAGCCGGUGGCGCCCCCAAAGGGUGUUCCUGCACCCCAGCAACAUCAGGACAGAGGCAGCCUGACCCCUAGGAUACCAUGUACAUGGCAGAGACCCCCUAUAGGCCGGGGAAGACUGUGGGGAGAGCCCGAGAUCAGGCAGCGUCCUGAGCAAGGACAGCGUCCCCCAGAACUGCACUGGGUCCAGGCCUGGCAUCCCCAUCCAGCAGCACCAACAGAUGCUGGUCAGAGCCAUGGCCAGCACUGCUCCGGGGCCUCCUGUCCCCGCCAAGCCCUUCUACAGUAUCUUGAGUCCCUGGUGGCCAUGAGUCACCAGCUCCAAGCCUCACUCGGGUGUCCAGACCAGGUACAUGCUCCUUCAUCCUUUGCCACAUCUGCCCAACCCACCGCGACACCGGAAAUCCUUGGCCUCGUCUGCCAGCUCCCCACACUACCUGGUCCACCUGGCUUGGCCUCUGACUCGUCUUUGGGCCCGGCAGAAGAAGCUGGUCCUGAGUGUCCCAGGGAACGUGACCCUGAGUGUCCCUAG